AUGUGUUCUGUACUUCAACAUCUAGCUUCACUCGAACAUCUUGCGAUCAAUUGUGUACCAAAUCAACUCUUAAUCAAUGCAAUUCUCUCCACUCCUUCCAUACGCGUUUGCCAUGUCGACUUUCUUCAAGCAUUGACUGAACUCGAUCCAGAAACUCAAGCAAUAAGUAAUAUUGAACGAUUUUCUAUUACACUUCGGAAUGAUAAGCAUAAUUCUUUGAUUAAUCUAUUUCUUAACCACAUGCCAAAAUUACAACGAUUAGAAAUCCAUAGUCCAGAAGUUUAUUUCGAUAAUCGAUUAUCACCUUUCACCAUGCCACUGUUUCGGCUUCCGGAUUUACGAGUAAUUAAACUCAAUUGGUCGUUGAUCGAUUUGAACUCAAUAUCACUUACAAUUAUCUUGCGGAAGAUUUCUUCGAAAAUCUCAUCUGUCAUUGGUGGUCAGUUAUCGAACGCAUCGCACAAAGCAAGAUCACCAUCAACUGUCAUCGACCUCAAAUAA